GGACAGCUGCAUCGUCUGUCCAUCACUGCGACAUCCGGCAAACCUCUUCCUCUGUCCAGAUCACGCUCCGGGAGCGUACUACACGAUGUCCUGCAGGCACCUGAUCGCUCUGAAGUCCUUGCACAAAGCCUAGGAAAUACACUAAUGCCCCCCACGCAUGUCGCCAUCCUCGGAGGUGGCUUGACAGGGCUCUCGUCCGCCUUCCACCUUUCGCGGCGCUUUCCCAAGUCGCGAAUUACCUUGCUCGAGAAGCAAAACAGAUUGGGAGGUUGGGUGAUGAGUGAACGCGUAGACGUACGCGUGCCCUCCGCGGGAGGAGCUGCAGAAAGCGCGAGAGUGCUACUGGAGGCGGGGCCCAGGACGUUGAGACCGGGUGGGCUGGCCGUCCUAGAACUGGUCCACCUCCUCAACCUCACUUCCUCACUGCUCACCGUCCCACGCACCGCCCCCGCAGCACACAGCCGCUUCCUGCACCUUCCCGGCACGUCAGGGCUGCUCCGCAUACCCUCCUCCCUCUCCUCCCUGCUCUCCUCCCCCCUCGCACGCACCUUUGUUUCAGCUAUCGUGAAGGACGUCUUCUCCCUCGCGCCCCGCUUCGCCGACGCAAAGGAGCCACUGGGAGAGGGAGAUGUGUCAGUCGACGCGUUCCUUACGCGUCACUUUGGCGAGGCAUUCGCGCGGACGUUCGGGAGCGCGCUCGUGCACGGGAUAUAUGCCGCGGAUGCGCGUGAGCUUAGCAUGCGUGCGGCUUUUCCGCAGAUGCUCGAGUAUGAAAAGGCUGGCCGGGGCAGUGCUAUUCGGGGUAUGGUCGCGGCUGCGUUUGCAAGGGGGAAAGUUGCGACAAAGGAGGAGGCGUAUGAGUUGGGUGAGGUGGAGGUGUGGAGAAGCGUCUCGCGGGGAGCGAGAAUGUGAGGAUUGUGACGGGCAAUGGCGCACUGAGCUUGGCCAAGGGAGAGGAUGGCGUUGGUUUCGAGGUCAGUCGGAUCUCACGACGCCUGCUCAUAACAAACUCAUCCCGCUAUGCAGAUAGA